AUGUCAAAAAUAUCAAAUAAAAUGAAAGCUUAUGGGGGAAUAGUAUUCUUUUUUUUAUUUAUUUUUUUCAAUAAAGUUAGUUGUCAAUUGGUUAGAGAUUCAAUACCGAACCAAUUGGAUAUAGAGAGUUUCUCACAACAACAAAGUUAUUUAUUUUAUCAAGAUACAUCAAAUUCAACAAAAUGCUCUUAUACUUUAAGGUUUAUUGUAAAAGAUAACGAUAGUGGUACAUUAAGUUUAAAAAAACUUUUUUCAACAGAUAGCCCAAAUAUUUUAUACUCGACAAAAACUUCGACAUCAACGGUUUUAGUUGUUGAAUUUAGUGGAAUAAUUCCUAUUGGUUCCCACACUUCAAAUUUAACGGCAAUGUCAUUAUAUCCACCAAUUCGAAUUGUCCAAUCUGAUUAUAGUUUAACUUUAACUUGUUCAUUGGUUGAUUCGUCAACAUUAACAAUAACAAUUGAUGAUGUGAUAAAUUAUGAUACAAAUAUGGCAUUUUAUUCAUCAAUUAGAAUUCAUGGUAUGGAUUAUCAUAGAUUUAAUUCAUUGGAUUCUUUAGGUUCAGAUAUUUUUUUCCCAUUCGCCAGAACUAAUAUAUUUGGAUAUAAUUGGGAUCCUUUAAUAUUUGAAAAUCAAAGAAAUUCAAUUUUUACAAUUUCAAUUGUAGUUUCAGGUGUAAUAAUAAAUUUAAAAACAAAAUCUUUUUAUUUUAAUGUUCCAUAUCCAACAGCUCAAAUUUAUUAUUUUUUUCCACAAAACAUUAUAUCUACCCCUUUUAAUGAAUUCGGAUUUCAUUAUUCCCCAGUGCUUUCUACCACUAGUAACACACAAACAGCAAAACCAUAUCAACUAUUAUUAUCACCUAAUAAAUUAUAUACUUUUUCAAAACCAAUUUCUGGUAAAAAAGGUAGAAUGUCUUUUAUUGCAGCUUUUCAGAAUUCAUAUGGGUUAAAUAACUUUUCACUUAUCAGUCCACUUGAAGAUCAGCCAAGAAUAUCAUUACCUCUGAAUAUAAAAGAAUUUUAUAAUGGUUCAUAUGGAAAUCCUCAACUUAUUUUGUCGUUAUAUGGUUUUGGUUCUAUAAAUAUACCAACUUUGAUACCAUUAUUUCAAGUGACAUUUACUGGUAGUUAUUAUAGAUUUUUUGAUAAUCAAUACAAGGUUGGAGUUGAUAAACUUGAUGCUGGUUGGCCAUUUGGGUAUAUUAGUGGUAAUCAAACAACCUAUGUUCACUCUGUUGACUUUUUAAGACCAAUAAACUAUUCAGCACUAUCUAUCAUAUAUAGAUUUGGAAGUACUUUACCAAAUGAAUUUUUUUAUCAAUCUGUUGUAACCAACCUUGUAACGGAAACAACCCAACCAAUUUUGGUCAGUUAUAGCUUCAAACGUUUAAAAGGAAAGAAUUCAAAUUAUUUAUUCACAGCAAAUAUAAUUUCAAAGAAUGGAGUAAAGAGAAUUAUAUUUGAUGAUAUUGAUUAUGGUUUAAAAACAUUAGUUUCAGGUUCAAAUAAAAAUGGUGUUUAUGAAAUUAUAUAUACACCAUCACAAAAUUCAUUCUCUGGGAUAAUUUCUUUUUUAUGUUAUGACAUUUAUGAAAAUAAUUUCUACUAUUUCCAAGACCAAAUUGUUUCUUAUGAACCAUUUUUAGUUUUUAAAGUUCCUGAUUGUCUUUCAAAUUGUAGUUAUUUUUAUUUAAAAUUUAAAAAUAUAAGCGUGGAUAGUUUUGAUAACAUCAGUUUCGCAAAGAAUAAUUUAAAUUUAUUAAAUUCAGCAGGUUAUAAUACAAUGUAUUUAAAUUCGAGUAAAAUUGAUCCUGAUUCACAACUAGUACUAAUUUUGAUGGAUCCAAUUUCAAAAUCAUAUCAAAGUGCUCAAGGUAAUAUUCUUUAUGGUUCAUUUCCAAUUGUUUAUGAUUCAAAUUUAAAAUUAUUUACAUGUGAUUUCAUUGUACCAAAAAAUAAUUUAUUUGGUGAAGUUUCGUACUAUAUUAAAUUUACAAAUGGUGUUUUGACAAGUAAUGAAUUAGGACCAAAUACACCAAAAUUAUUAGUAAAUGAAACAUAUCUAGAUAAUCAAGGACCAAUUUUUAGUUUAUUAGUCCCGUUAAAUAAUGGAGUAAUGGUUGAUGAUAAUAGUAGGGAAUAUGGAUAUAUUUUUAAUAUUACAGAUGAUCUUAAUGGAUUUAGUAGCGGUAGUAUAACAGUAAAAGGUUCAAUAGAUAAUUCAAAAUAUGUAUUCAACUUUUCAUUAUCAGAUGCAAUGUAUGGUAAUAAAUUUGAAAGUCAAUAUCAAAUUUUAAUUCCAGUUUCAAAACAAUGUAUAUCACAAGUUUAUAUUAUCACCAAUGUAAUUUUAAGAGAUACAAAUAAUAUUACAUCAAUUUAUAAUAUUUAUAGUAAUAAUCCAGACCCAACCAUAACUCCAUUUUUAAAAUUUUAUGAUGAUGGUAUUGGAUCAACAUAUUUAAAUAUAAUUUGUAAUCCUCCUAUACCAAUUGAUGAAGAUUAUCAACAAUUAGUUUCUUUCAAACAUUCAAUUACAAACUCAAUUAUUGAUGUUGGUAAAUUAAAUAAUUCAAUUAGAUUUGACUUUUCAAUUGAUACACCUAGAACAGGUAUAAAAGAUAAUCAAUUACCAAUAGUUUAUAUAAUUAGUGAAAAAUUGGAUAAAGUCGAAUGCCUUUCAACUUUAGAACUAGUAGAUAAAAUAUAUGGAACUACAAAUUACACAUGUACAACUACAUUACCAAUUGGUUUUGGUUAUCCUGGUAUUUUGAUUUUUUCAAUUUAUGGUUUUAUAAAUAAUGCAGGUUAUUUUUUUGGUUAUCCAACAGAUACAAUUGCUAAAUUUUUUCCAUCAUCAUAUUAUGUCAAUAUAAACUACCUUGUUGAUGAAGAACCAAUUAUUACAUCGACUGAUAAUAUUUUUUCAACUGGUGGUAAUUUAUUAAUUUAUGGUAAAUCAUUAUCAAAUACAAAACAAGUAUCAAUUUAUUAUUCUGAAACCAAUGUACAAAGUACAAUAGUUCAAGAUGAAAUAUAUGGAUCAAGUGCAGUUUUAAUCAAUUCAAUUUCGGAAACAUCAAAACCAUUUAAAAUUCAAAUAAUUACAACUUCUGGUUUAAAAUCAAAUGAAUAUUGGGUAACUCCAAUUUAUUUUGAAACAACAACCCCAGUAAUUCCAACUAAUCCACCACAAAAAUGUAGUGGUAAUCCAGAAUGUGGCGGUAAAUCACAAGGUUACUGUUCACCAAAUGGUUGUAUUUGUUUUUCACCUUGGAUUGGUACAAGCUGUCAAUCAAAAGUUAUAGUUGUACCACCACCAAUUGUAAAUCCAAAUGAACCAUCAACUAAUAUUAUAACCAAUUCAAGCAAAAGUGAAACAUCAUCGUUAGUUGGUGUAAUUUCAAUUGUUUCAUUAAGAGAAUUAGAUCAUAACAAUAAAGUUAUUAAAAUUUUUAAAUUUGAAAAAUGGAAUCAAACAAAUUUAGAAAAGAAUAAAAAUAUCUAUUCAACAAGCAUUAAAUUUCAAGAUAAUAAUAGUAAUAACGAUUGUUUUAUAAAUGUUGAAACUGAAUGGUAUGAAACAUUAAGAAAUAUAACAUUUGCAAAUCAAUUAUUAGUAAUGAAUCCCUCAACAUUAAAAUAUAAUAUAAACAUUACAGCAUAUCCAUUCCAAUCGAAAUUAAAUACACUCCAAUUAGUAAUCAGAGCAAAACUAACUCAAAAUGAUUAUAAUGAUGAUAUAUGCUCAAAUCAAGAAUUUGGUAAAACAGUUGCAGAUAAUUCAGAUUUUAUUCAAUUAUCAGUAAAAGAUCAUUCGUUAUAUGGUAGAUUUGUUAAAAGAGGUAUCGUAGAUGGUAGAAUUACAUCAAUUGGUAAUGUUAAACUUAAUGAUUUAGAUGAUGAAUCAAAUUAUUAUACAUCAGAUUCAUUCGUUGGUAUUGUAAUUCCACAAUACACAAAUCUAAUUCAACUAGAUCCUGAUUUUGGUUUAUUGGUAGAUAGUUCACCAACUGAUUCAACAUGUAAAAAAAGUGCAUCACUUUCAAAAGAAGCAAAGAUUGGUAUAAUCGUAGGUUGUAUUGGUUUUGUAAUUGUUGUUGUAAUAGUUGUAACUUUAUGUGUAAAAUAUAAAUAUCAUAUUAGAAAUUUAAAAUCUGUUAUUAAAAUGAAUCAAAUCAAAGCGAAUAAAAAUUAA